CCUACAUACAUAUAUUCAUAUUUGAUGUAUUGUAAAAUAAAACCAAAAGAAAAACAAAAGAAAAUUAAAAAGAUCAGUGAGUAAAAAUUAGGUAUUAGGUUUGGAAGACAGACUUGUUGUGCUGAAAGGUAACUUUCAAUCUGUCCUUACCAAACUUGCCAGCUGGAUUGGCAGUGUAAAACUUCAUUUCGUUCCGUUCUGCUAUAUACAUAUAUAUUUAUAUUUGUAAUUUUUUUUAGACUAAUAAAUACGAUACACGCGUAAACUACCAAGUUAGGAAAAAAUAUAAGCGCGUCUGUACGUCCCAGUUUAUGAAGAAUGGCCUCUAAAAGUUCGAGUAGCUCGUCUAUGAACGAAAGGACCGAUGAGGCUCGUAUGUUCUCAUUUUACGAGAAGAUGCCCAAAGACUCAAACACGCUACGCGUUUUUGAUCGUGGAGAAACGUACGUAGCCAUUGGAGAAGAUGCUUCUUUCGUUGCAGAUAAUGCUUACCAUACGACCUCAGUCCUUAAAUACCAUAAUCAGUCUAAUCUCUCCUUCUGUACUAUGUUUCCUUCUUUGUUUAUCAAAUUUGCUGAGGAAGUAUUAUCAAAUUAUGCAAAACGAGUGGAAAUUUGGGGUUCUAACAAAAGUAAAACCGGAUUUGAAUUACUUAACCAAGCUAGUCCUGGUAAUAUGCAGAUGAUUGAGGACUUAAUGAUGAACAGUGAUGCAACAAAGGAUCCUACAGUUAACAUUGAUAAUUCUGGUGGCUCUAUUUUACUAGCUGUUACUACCCGUAUGAAACAAGAUCAACGUGUUGUCGGUGUAGCGUUUAUAGACCCUUUCUCAAGGAAAAUAGGUGUCUCUGAAUUUGUUGAUUCAGACUCAUACACAAAUUUCGAAGCACUUCUCGUCCAAACUGGUGCGAAGGAAUGCCUAAUCUCUCAACAAGACGGGGAAAAUACCACAACCGGGACUUCAAUCACCAAAGCUGAGUUAAACCGCCUUAAAAAUAUAAUAGAAGGAUGUGGUGCAUUAGCUACUGGCAUACGAAACUCAUAUUUUUCUCCAAAAGACGUUGAAUUAGAGCUUGCAAAAGUGUUGGAUGUCCCCGUCACACAUGCGCGUUUACCAGAGUUAAGUCUUCAACUAGCCAUGAGCUCUUGUAACGCUGUUUUACGUUAUUUGGGACCAAAUUUGGUUGAUCCAAUUCCCUCAGAUGACAUUGAAGUACAAAAGGAUCUUGCACGAAAAUAUCAUCUCUAUGAACACAAUUUGGAACAGUAUAUGCGCCUGGAUGUAGCAGCAGUACGCGCAUUGAAUUUGUUGCCUCCAGCUAAUGGAAAUGCGCACCGUACAAUGAGUUUGUACGGUUUAUUGAAUCAUUGUAGGACUCCGAUGGGCUCGAGACAACUUAGACGAUGGAUUGUACAGCCUCUGUUGGACCCAAAGGCUAUUAGAAGAAGACAUAAUUUAGUUUCUGUUUUUAUUGAAGAUCCGGAAGUUCGACAACUUUUGUUAGAUGAUGACCAUCUCCUCCGAUCCAUACCUGAUGUACCGCGACUUUGCCGACGUCUUAUCCGAGGUUCUUCAACUUUGGAAGAUGUUGUUCGAAUUUAUCAAAUGGCUAAAGCUCUUCCAAACAUCGUUACUGCUUUAGAUUCCUUGAAAACUGAACAUAAAGGAUUAGUAGACCAAGUCUAUACGACGCCGCUUUCCACUCACUGUAAAAACUUAACAAAGCUUAUAGAGUUGGUGGAGACCACCAUCGAUUUAGAUGCCCUUGAUGCUCAUAGAUACAUCAUUCGUGCCGAAUUUGAUGAAGAGUUAUUGGAGUUACGACAAAGGCUUGAAGAGUUGGAAAACUCAAUAUUUGACGAGCACAAGCAGGCAGGUGCUGAUCUUCAACAGGAUACCGAGAAGAAGUUGCAUCUUGAGCAGCAUCAUUUGUAUGGAUGGUGUUUACGCCUUACAAGAGCAGAAGCCGGAUGUUUGCGUGGACGUAACACCCGUUAUUCAGAACUAUCAACUCAAAAAAAUGGUGUUUAUUUUACUACGAAGCGUCUGCACAAUCUUAAUAGUACCUACAUGGAUUAUCAAAAGAGCUAUAGAUAUCAUCAGAAUGGAUUGGCGCGGGAAGUCAUUAAGAUUGCUGCAACCUAUAGUUCUCCUUUAGAAGCGGUCGGCCAAAUCAUAUCACAUUUAGAUGUCAUAACCAGUUUUUCUCUAGCAAGCACGCUAGCAGUUACCGCAUAUGUAUGUCCAACAAUAUUGGAUUCAGGGAUGGAAAUUGAUACAGAGAUUGGUGAUCAGGAAGAGACUAUUGAUAUCGUAGCUUCGGAAGAAAAUCCUGAUAUUAAUGAAUUGCGUUCUCACUUGCGGUCUUCCCAUUGUGCUUGUGUUGAGUUGAAACAAGCGAGACAUCCUUGCUUAGAAGCACAGGAUGAUAUUAAUUUUAUCCCCAACGAUAUUUUGCUUAAGCAGAAUGAAUCAGAGAUGCUCAUAAUCACCGGACCAAACAUGGGAGGUAAGUCUACGUAUAUUCGACAAGCUGGCGUGAUCGCGGUUAUGGCUCAAAUUGGAUGUUUUGUUCCAUGCGAUUCAGCUACUAUUGAUGUUGUAGAUAGUAUUCUCGCCCGUGUUGGAGCAGGUGAUUCUCAAUUGAAAGGUGUUUCUACUUUUAUGGCCGAAAUGUUAGAAACCGCUACGAUUUUAAGAUCUGCAACCCAGCGUUCUCUUAUUAUAAUUGAUGAGUUAGGAAGGGGUACUAGUACGACGGACGGUUUUGGUUUGGCAUGGGCAAUUACGGAGCACAUUGUUAAAAAAAUAAAUUGUUUUUGUCUUUUCGCUACGCAUUAUCAUGAAAUGACUCGGAUGUCGGACGAAAUUCCAACCGUAAAGAACUUGCAUGUGACAGCCCACAUUGGAGAUACCAAUGCUCGCGACGUUGCACUACUAUAUAAUGUUUCUGAAGGGGCAAGUGAUAGAAGCUUUGGUAUCCAUGUAGCGGAAUUGGCGCGUUUCCCAGCCAAAAUCAUCGAAAUGGCCCAAGCAAAAGCCAUUGAAUUAGAGGCCGAGGAUGUAGAUCAACCAGUGGAAGAUGAUGAAGGACGAGCGAAAAAAGAAGGUGUUGCGAUAAUUCGAACGCUUAUGUUGGAAUGGCAAAAUCAAGUGGGAAAGGAUAUGCCGAAAGAGGAAAUGCUCCAAAAGUUUCAGCAAAUAUUAACUAGUCAUGCUUCGGAUAUUGAAGCAAACGCAUGGUUACAAGCAAAGAAAAAGAGUUAGAAUGACUAAAGCUACGUUCUUUUGAGUGAGUAGGAUCUCUUCACUAUGCAUUUGACGUUCUUUGUCGAUAUACAUUAUAUACUAAGUUGCAUUUUUGAAUAAUAUUAAUUUUAUGAACAUGAGUAUGGCAUGACGAUGUUUUUAUUUUUAGAUGAUUUGCACCGAUUUUAAUCACCACUAGCACAACCUCUACAGCCUAUGCAUUGAGUUAGUAACGGCGUGAUCUGAUAUAGGUCUCAAAACCCAAAGAAAGGGAAAAAAAUGACUUACCACAAUGUACGCAAGUACUGGGAGCAUCUUUGCCGAGUUUGGCUUUGGGGACACGACAUAUACAAGUGGAACCAAACUUCGAUUCUGCGGUUUGAAUGCAACGAAGGCAACACAAUUUUUCGUAGCCAGGCUAGAUCAGUCAGUAAACUAAAAUUAAAUUCAGUUUAUUCCCGUA